AGUUGGGGGACCCCGGAUCCUCCGGGGCCAGCGGCCCUGAGCACGAAGGCUUCCGACGACUCUCCCAGCUCCACCUUAAGCGGCCCUCCUUCCCCCUUCUGCGGAGGAUGGGAACUGCCAGCUCCGGGCCCCAGGUGUCCGGGCCACCCCCGCCCCCACAGCCCCAGCACGGCCGGGAGCGGGGACCAGCGGCCAACGACCCCUCCAUCCUGCCCCUUGGGCACCCCCCGACACACACACACAAACACCAGCCCGAGGAGCGUCCGCUGCUGUGAGAGCACCUGCCCCCCCAACAACAACGACAAAAAAAAAAAAUUAAAUAACACCAAGAGAGAGAAGAGAGGGAGGGGGAGGAGGGAGGAAGGGACGAGAAAGAAACAGAGAGAAGAGGCAGGAGAGGAGGAGGUGGAGAGAGAGAGAGAGAAGCUGGAGACUGGCAGAGAGGGAGAGAGGGAGGAGGAGAAGGAGGAGAGAGGAGCAGGAUGGAGACAUGGAGUUAGGGGCUUGGGGGAGCUUGAUGAAAAAAGAGCCAAGAGGGGGUGUGGAUUAGAAACCACGAGGUAACCCGAGGGAGAGGAGGAGGAAGAUCGGAGGUAGAGGGAGACUGGGGAGUCCGGGGGAAAAGCAGAAGAAGGAGACGCACAGAGAGAGGGGAGAGGAGAGAGGAGUGGGUGUGGUGGGGUGGGUGGCUCAGUCCCUGGCUCCCUCCGUAUUUGGGGAACCGGAACUCCUUGUGGGGAGGAGAGGAAGGCUGGGAGUCCUGGAGGGACAGGGUCCCACAAAAAGGAGAGGGAGGAGCUGAGAGAGAGGGGGCCAGGGCAUUGGGAAGGGGUCGCUCAGAGGUCUCCUGGGGAUGGGGGGCGCCGCUCAUCUGAGCGCCCCUCGAGCGCUGGUACUCUGGGCGGCACUGGGGACGGCAGCUCACAUCGGACCUGCACCUGACCCCGAGGACUGGUGGAGCUACAAGGAUAAUCUCCAGGGAAACUUCGUGCCAGGGCCUCCCUUCUGGGGCCUGGUGAAUGCAGCCUGGAGUCUGUGUGCCGUGGGGAAGCGGCAGAGCCCCGUGGAUGUGGAGCUGAAGAGGGUCCUUUAUGACCCCUUUCUUCCCCCGCUGAGGCUUAGCACUGGGGGAGAGAAGCUCCGGGGAACGUUAUACAACACCGGCCGCCACGUCUCCUUCCUGCCUGCACCCAGGCCCGUGGUCAAUGUGUCUGGGGGGCCCCUCCUUUAUAGCCACCGACUCAGCGAACUGCGGCUGCUGUUUGGAGCACGUGAUGGAGCCGGCUCUGAACACCAGAUCAACCACCAGGGCUUCUCUGCUGAGGUGCAGCUCAUCCACUUCAACCAAGAACUCUAUGGGAACCUCAGCGCCGCCUCCCGGGGCCCCAAUGGCCUGGCCAUUCUCAGCCUCUUUGUCAAUGUGGCUGGCAGCUCAAAUCCAUUCCUCAGCCGCCUUCUUAACCGGGAUACCAUCACCCGCAUCUCCUACAAGAAUGAUGCCUACUUUCUUCAAGACCUGAGCCUGGAGCUUCUGUUCCCCGAAUCGUUCGGCUUCAUCACCUAUCAGGGCUCUCUCAGCACCCCGCCCUGCUCGGAGACUGUCACCUGGAUCCUCAUUGACCGGGCCCUCAAUAUCACCUCCCUGCAGAUGCAUUCCCUGAGACUCCUGAGCCAGAAUCCUCCCUCCCAGAUCUUCCAGAGCCUCAGCGGUAAUGGCCGGCCCCUGCAGCCCUUGGCCCACAGGGCCUUGAGGGGCAACAGGGACCCCCGGCACCCCGAGAGGCGCUGCCGAGGCCCCAACUACCGCCUGCAUGUGGAUGGUGCCCCCCAUGGUCGCUGAGACUUCCCAUCGAGGAUUGCGCCUGCCCUCCCCAAGCCUCCCCACCAGGGGAGGGGAGUCACCCCCAAAACAAAGCUAUUAAAGGGACAGAAUACUUCCUGUUUCUCAGUGGUCUGAUUUUAGGCGCGGCG